AUGUCCAUAUACAACGAGCGCUAUGACGACGCUCUGUCCAAGACAUCCUGGGUGUCAAAGACACUGGGCAGUGGCCGAACCUACCUGUUUAAAUACGCGCCCCACCCAGAGCGCUCGGGGUACUUGUUUGUGGCCACCGACCUCGAGACCGUCCACUUUGAAGCUCUGACAGCUACGUCUAUCCCGACGCGUAUCGGACAGGUCGCAUUACGCGAUGGCGACUAUUCAGCCGCAGAGAAGGUCAACGAGUUGGGAUUUGACGAGCAACAACGUCAAGGCGAGACCAUUUUGGCAUCGCUCAGUAGCGUCUUUGAUGCGGGGUGGGCCGACGCCAAGGUCGAGGCCGAGUCGGACGACUACUUUGACGCAGUGUUUGCGGUAUCGACCGGGUCUUUCUCGUGGUUGUUCAACAUGACUGAACUGCGAGGCCGCCAGCCUCUCACGUUCGUGGCCAAGCAUCUCCUCACGCCGUUUGUGACGUUAAUGGGCCAAGACCGGGGCGUAGAGAUACCAUCACACGGCACGCGCCCUGUGGACGCUGUCGGCGCCGUCGUCUCUGACCAAGGUGUCGCGCGUGCCCUCCGCCGUGUUGUCGGAGCACCGCCAGCGGCGUCAACGCGAGCUACUCCAGCACCGAGGCUGUCUCGCCCGUCAACACCGCCUCCCAAGCACGCGGCGCCCAAAUCCCCGACACCACCACGCAAGACCACCCCACGACCGCGGGUGGAAGACUAUACCCCUCGGCCACCCACGCCACCACGUGCGAGUGCGUCACAGACGCUAAAGUCUCUCAUUCCGCCCUCGUCGCCCACACCCAUGGCGCGGAAACGGUCAUACAACUACCUCACGGUCCCCGAGUCUGAGCUGCCCAACUCGUCUGCCCCCGAGAGCCCCAGCAGUCCUGGUCCGGGAGCAUUUACCGAUAGCUACAGCCAUGCGGUCCCCACUCUACUCAUACCGGACACGGAGCCGGCCAUGCCCUCCUCGGCGCAGCCGCCAUCGAGCGACGCGGGCUUUGGCUAUGACCGCUCGUCGCCCGGACUGGCGGCCUACCCAUCGGGUUUGGGCGCCGACUUUGUUUCGUCAUCUGCCGCGCCCGCGCCGACGUCCACGCAGGACCCGUUAGUCAACACGCUGCCGAAGCAUAAGAAGAAGAAGAAGGAUAAGAAGGCCGAAGAGGCGGAAGAGGAGGCCGAGGCGGAGCGCCGAAGGGAGGAGAUGAGGCGGAAGAUGGCAAAAGGUGCGGGUGGCAGGCUGGGUCGGAGGCGGUGA